GCUCACCUCCCACCCUGCAAGUCUGUGUACCAUUUCCCAUUCAGAUGGAGGCAGGCAAACAAAGAUAAGAUAAAAACCAUCAAUCAGGUAAGAGCUGGAUCAACCCCUGAGAAGAAGGAGUUCGUAAUCUUAAGCGUAACAUACGGACAGAGAUUUCAAAGUCAAUCUCUGGUUACUACCUCAAAAUGUUGUUUACACUUGGAUUUCUCCUCCUUCUCACCCCGUUAUCACUUCAAACCCCCACCAAUCAGAAUAGAAACUCCACAGGAAAUGACUUGACUAAAUCCAAUGGGGCUUUCACUGUUUCAAAACCAAAAACCAGUAUCGCUCCCGCCAAACUGACCAGUCGUUCCACCCUAAAUCUAAACAACAUCAGUGAGACAGCUUUACCCACUCCUCUCCCCAACCAAAAACCUUCGACGAUAAACGCUACAGGAAGCACCAGGAGUAAGCCCAGACCGGCAGCAAACUCCACCACUGUGUCCCCACCACUGAAGACUUCCACAGCUAGUGGAAGUGUGAUCAAGAAAGACAAGCACACAGUCUCUGUUAAUCAGACCGGUUUAGCUAAAUCUGCAAGAGCCAGCGUAGCGAAGGUUACAAAGGACAAUCCUGGACCCACUGGAGCCUUGAAUGAUGAGUCAGCACCCACAAGGUCAGCAUCAGUCAAUGGCACCAAAACCACUAAAGAUAAACUCCAAGCUUCUGUCAAUCAGACUGCUUCUGAGAAAUCUCUUUUGGCCAGCAAUGGGAAGAUUGCCAAAGUCAAGCCAGGCCCCACCGUAGUUCAAAAUGCUCAGUCAACAUCCACAAAGUCAGCUAGCGGCACCAAAACCACCAAAAACAAGUUCACAGCCUCUGUCAAUCAGACUCUUGUUGUGAAAUCUCCCUCCACCGGAGAAGUGAAGAACUCGAAAGAAAAGCCUGCCCCCACAGUCCAGACUCCUCUCUUAAAUCUAGCAAAGGCUUCUACAACCAGCAGUUCAGCAGCUUUCAAAGAGAAGGCCAUGGGCUCUGAUAAUCAGACUGUAGAAGUCAAAGAUUUGAAAAACUCCAAAGUUAAACCAACUCCCACAAUCCAAACUGCCACACAUGCAAAGGCCAUUGCAGCCAAUGCCACAGCAGCUGUAAAACCCAGGACAACAACCUCUGGUAAUCCUACUGUUGUGGUCAAAUCUCCCUCUACUGGCGAUCUGAAGAACUCAAAAAACAAACCUGCGCUCACAGAUCAAAAUGUAGCUGGUGGUUCUGCUGCUGUUAAAGAUAGGGCCCUACCCUCUGCACAUCAGGCAACUGUAAAAAAGGCUGCCAGUGACACCAAAGUAAAGCCUGCCCCUGCACAGCAAAUCAAGGUGGUCAUUGCUAAUGACUGCGAGUCAAACAACACCAAAGAGCACGAAGUGAGCCUAAAACCUGGUACUCCGCUGGUCAUGACACAUAAGAUCAGUUUGAUGCCCGGUGGCUGUGCUGGCGGCUGUGAGGCUGAGAUGGCUGAGAUGAAAAGACGCUUGGCCAGGCUGGAGAGAGAGAUGUCCUUGCUGAAGGACAAAUGUCCAUGUUCUGCAAAUUGCCCAAAUGAUUGUAGUGGCAAUGGAGAAUGUCAAAAAGGAAAAUGCAUCUGCCAAGAAGGAUUCACGGGUCCAGACUGCCGUAACUGUGCCCAAGGAGCAGAGUGCAAUAAAAAAGAAGCCAAAGGGAUAAUCAAGGUAAAAGUGGACACAGAAGCCCAGAAAGUGAACAAAGAAAGAACAACUAUCAGGGAAAACAUCCAGGAAAGAACCAAAACAGUAGAGCAGGUACAACUGGAGAAGAAUGACCAGAAGAAGGGGACGGACGCCAAGGAGAGUGACACCAAAUCAAAGUUACCCACAACUGCUAAAUUAGGUCUUUCAAAGGCACAAAUUAACCUGGGUGCUUCUGAGAACAAAAUUAGAAUCAAAGGUUCCACAAAGACCACCGGCCCUACUGUUGGCCAAAUUUUGUUGAAGCAUGAUGGAACAAAUCAAGAGGAGCCCCGCAAAGGCAAAACUAUGGUCUUUGGUGCUAAAAAGACUGAGUUUAAACUGGUCAAGGAAGGAACCAUGGUUAAAACAUAUUCAAAAUCGGAUCACCUUAAAGAUGAACCUCAAGCUAAUAUUACACAGAAUGAUGUAACAAAUUUAAAUGGAACAGCAAAAUUUGCAACAAUUCUUACCAGGAUUAAGGCAACAAACAAAACUUUAGCUGGAAAAGACAGUAGGGAGCAAUCUACGCUCAUUGAAAAGAAUUCAACUCAACCAUCUGGGUCAAAGCAGAUUAAAAAGUUAAAAGUGGAUACUGUAACUGUACACUCUGUUGAUGGAAACACUGGAAAACAGACAGGUACUGCAAACGUGCCUUCUGUUGAAGACAUAAACACAGAUGCUACUAAAACCGGACAAGGGAGAUAUCCAAUAACUGAUGUUAAAACUGGAAAUACAUCUACAUCAGUGGUCUCUGUUGAUGACAGAAAAUCAGACGCUAGCAAGACCGGAAAGGGGAGGGAUACUGCAACAGGGCACUCUGUGGAUGGAAAGUCCGGAAAGGGGGGAGAUACAAUAACCUUGCAUUCUGUUGAUGGCAAGACUGGACAAGGCAGACAUACUGCAAGUGCACACUCUGUUGACAGUAGAAACAGAGAUGCUAGCAAGACCGGAAAAGGGAAGGAUACCAUAAAAGUUCAUUCUGCUGAUGCCAAGACUGAACAAGGCAGACAUACUACAACUUUCCAGGCAGUUGAGGACAGAAACGCAGAUGCUAGCAAGACUGGAAAAUGGAGAACUACUAAAACUUUGCACUCAAUUGAUGGCAAGAUUGUACAAGACAGCAAUACCACAACUGUCCACUACGUGGAUGGCAAGGCAGAACAAGGCAGACAUACGACAACUGUGAACUCUGCUGAUCGUAAGACUGAACAAGGUAGACAUACUACAACUGUGCACUAUGUUGACGACAGAAACACAGAUGUUAGCAAGACUGGAAAAGGGAGAGAUACAGUAGCAGAGCACUCUGUUGGUGGCAAGACUGGACAAGGCAGAGGUACUGGACAAGGCAGAGGUACUGUACACUCUGCUAACGGUAGGACUGCACAAGGCAGACAUACUACAACUGUGCACUCUGUGGAUGGAAAAGCAGAACAAGGCAGACAUAGUACAAAUGUGCACACUGCCGAUGGCAAGAAUGAACAAGGCAGACAUACUACAAUUGUUCACUCUGUUGAUGACAGAAACACAGAUGCGAGCAAGAUUGCAAAAGGGAGCGAUACCAUAGUGCAUUCUGUUGAUGGCAAGACUGGGAAAAACAUAGACAUCAUAACAAGGCAUACUGUUGGUGGCAAGACUGUGAAAGGCAGGGGUACUGUGCACUCUGUUGACGGCAGGACUGCACAAGGUAGACAUACUACAGCUGUACACUCUGUGGAUGGCAAGAUUGACCAAGGUAAACAUACGGCAACUAUGCACUCUGUAGACAGCAGGAACACAGAUGGUAACAAAACCGGACAAGGCAGAAAUACCAUAACAGUUCACUCUGUCGAUGCCAAAACUGGAAAGGGAAAAGAUAUUUCAACUGUGCAUUCCAUCAAUAACACAGAUGCUAGCAAAAAAGGAAAGGGGACAGUCACUCUGAAGAGUCAAUACUUAGUUAAUGCCUCUGUCGCAGCCACUUCAGACAAAGCUCGAGUAUCCCAGAGCCAAACAACUACCCAUGGCGGCUCUAUUAAAACUGCCACAAGGACAGGAGGAUUAGGUUCUGUGAAGGUUGUAAACAUCUCCUCCCACAGCUUCAUCAUUUCAUGGUCAGCACCACAAGGAAUGUUCAAGAAAUUCACAGUGAUCAGAAGAGAGCCGCAAACAGAAGGCGAUGAGGAGGAGUAUCAGGACUUUGAAGAGGAAGCUUUUGAGACAGACAAUAUACACGCAGAAAAGAAAACAAUGGAGGUCCAGGUGCACAAGGAGAGCACGUCUUCUUCGAGUAAAGUUGUUGCAUCAAGAAGUCAAGCAGAAACCAAGAGGAUCAUGCUGGUGGUGCCUGGCAGCGUGCGGUCAGUUGAGUUCAGUAACCUUCGCACUAACACCCGGUAUGUCCUGGACAUAUACGGUACUACAGACGACAGAAGAUCCAAGAUUCACAGAGUUAUUGCAACUACAGGUCCUGAGCCAGCCACAGAUAUGCUUUUCAGUAAUAUAACAGAGACAUCACUUAUGGUCUCCUGGUCCAAACCCAAGACAACAAUCACAGGCUACACGAUCACUUAUACCCGCAUUGUCACAGGUGAGACCCAUUCAGUGAACUUGGACUCCCAGAAGACUCAUGUGGUUCUUUCCAAGUUGUCCGCUGGAUCGUCCUACAUAAUCACUGUUACCACUACACAAGGCAGACUCCAGAGUGAUGCGCUUGUGUCCAUUAUCACCACAGUGCCUGCAGCGCCGACCCACCUCCAGGCCAUCAAUGUGACAGAUACCAGAGCAGUGCUGCAAUGGACUCCGAGCAUGGGAAAGGUAGACCGUUUCAUCAUCAGCUACGAGUCCUCCAAGACUCCUAAUGUGACCGUGACAGUGAUGGUGUCUGGAAACUCAGUGGAGCACCAGCUGAGAGGCCUGCAGAGAGGCACCGUGUACACAGUGAAAGUCCUGAGCCAGAAGGACAGUCUUCAGAGCGCAGCCAUUACAACGUCUUUCAACACGGCCAAUGUGGUCAAAGCCAGUGAAGUGGGUCCUCGCUCUGCUCUGAUUGUUUGGAGAAUUUCCACUGUGGUUUAUCACACCUACAGACUGACCUACCAAGUAGUAGGAGAGGAGGCAAAGGAGCUUAUCCUGGAGCCCAUCAUCACAGAGUAUAAACUGACAGGGCUGUUACCCAUGUCACGCUAUAAUGUUCUGGUAGAAGGCGAGAGAGAUGGACAUUACACAUCAAUUGUAACCACCGAAUUCAUCACAGGGAGGCUGCGUUUCCCCUACCCGACUGAGUGCUCUCAGGAGCUGCUGAAUGGAGCUCUUCAAUCAGGGGAGGUGGACAUCUACCCUCAGGGGAAGGAGGGCCAGGUCUUCAGAGUCUACUGCGACAUGGAGGCUGAUGGAGGCGGUUGGACGGUGUUUCAAAGAAGAAUGAGUGGAAAGACAGACUUCUACAGAACCUGGAGUGAAUACAGAGCCGGCUUUGGAAACCUCAGUGAAGAGUUCUGGCUCGGAAAUGAGAUUCUGCACAACUUGACCAGCAUCGGUCCUGUGAGUUUGAGGGUAGACCUGCAAUCCAGAAAUGAAACGGCUUAUGCUCACUACGCCAACUUUUCCAUUGAUUCUGAGGAGAAUAAUUUUGCCCUCAUGGUGUCUGGAUAUACAGGAACAGCAGGUGACUCUAUGAGGUACCACAAUGACCGUCCAUUCUCAACCCGGGAUAAGGACCCUGACUCUUUGGGGAUCCACUGUUCUCGGGCCUACAUGGGAGGCUGGUGGUAUAAAAAUUGCUACAAAGCCAACCUCAACGGGCUUUAUGGCAUCAACACUAAUAAUCAGGGAGUGGUGUGGAUAGACUGGAAAGGUAAAGACUCCUCCAUUCCCUUGACCGAGAUGAAGUUCAGACCGUCCAGGUUCUCUCCUGCGACACAUGGCUAAGGAUGCGCACGCUCUCAAGAACUCCAGAUGAAGGAGGGCGUGUCGUUGUUGUUGUAUGUCACUUUUCACCAGUUUGUUUUGUGAGUGUGUUCCACUUCCUCAGGGCCUCAUCUUUGUUGAGCUCUGCAGGGAUGCAUUCUGUUACAUUUCUACUUUUCUGUCAGGCCCACCCAGUUCAACAGGGUGACGUUUGACUCAUCUCACUACUACUGUAAAUACGUAUGCACUGUCUCACUCAGUUGUAAUAAAUGUGGGUCUGAUGUGGACUGGUUUUACAUUAAACACAUCCUGUUAAAGGAAAA